AUGGAUUCAAGGGAGAAUCUUCACCUCGAGGUAGAUGGACCUCUAUACCGGCCAGCAAAGCCCAUGCCCUUUGAACUAGUGCAGCACUGUGGGAUCUAUCUAGAGGAGAAGCUUUAUACCCAAGCCCUCAACCUCCUGACGCAUAUUCUGACCUCCGGCACUGUUGCGGGCAGUCCUGCCUUUGUGCCUACACCUGCCCUGCUGGCGGUGGCGGCCACGCUCGUUGUCUACCCGGGAACCACGAACCGGGCAAAGACUGCAGAAGAGAAAGAAGCAGCCAGCGCGGCGUUACGGCUCCUUCGGCUUACGAAUACUUUAGUCGGGCCCCUUGCGGCUCGGUUCGACGCGGCUUUUUCCUUUACGCACUUCGAGACCUCGCGACAGGGCGCACGACGGCGGCAAGGGAACCAGGGGGCACGUCACAAUGAUGGGGACCAUAUGGAAACCCACAGAGAACACGGGAUGCCGUUGAAUUUCCACCUUGGCCAGUCGGGUUCUCUGUGGUCUCGUGCAGAGGACUUCUGGCAUGCGGUGGGAUGGGCAUUCAACUGCUCCAUCUUGCACCUGGACCGAUGGGAGCGGUGGCGUCUCUGGCUACAGUUUAUCUGUGAGGCACUUGAAGAUGACUGGAGCGAACGCGUUAGACAGUCGGACGGGCAAGGGGACGAGGAGGAGACCGGCCAAGACGACGGCAAUGCUAAAGACCAGCUAUUGAGAGAUAGUCUCAUUUUCCGGUAUCUUCUGUCCGAGAGUGGAGGCUAUGGACGCAACCGCCGCAUCAUGAGAGCGAUCUUCGCCAACGGAAGCCCGAGUGCGGUUGGCGAGUUCCGGCAGAUUUUCAAUAACGAACAGAAAGACCUCAAACCCGACAAAGACAAUCACAAGAAGCGUGAGGGGGGGGUCAACAUCGACCAGGACGAAUAUGGGGACUACAUUACCCAUGACGAGGCCGAGUCCGAUGAAACCGAAGAGUCUGUCGCCCCCAGGCCGCGGACUAACAACCGACCGAAACGUGCGAGACGGGCCACGAAAGCUGCCGGCGCACAAAACACGGACCCGACUCACUCCUCCGACACAACGACGACGACGACGACGGCAGCUUCGAUUGUGCACUCCGGGCUCUCUCUACUAGGCGGCUACGAGUCGUUGGUGCUGCGCCAGCGGCUCCUCCACCUACUGUCGACCGUGUCGGAGCGGUUCCCGAAGGAAUUCGUCCCACUGGAUGACCUGUACCAUAUGUUCGUCGAGAACAUCCGGCAUCAACCGUUUCCCAUCUUCCAGGCGUUCGUCACCCCCGCCGUGCUACCCUACUUUUCGCCCGCGGCGCAGACCACGCUCUGCGAGUUUCUCCUCUUCCGCAUGCGCGAGAGCUCCGCCCCCGACACAGACGAAGAAUACCUCAGCCAGACGAAGCUGGAGGAAUGCUUCCUCCCCUUCGCGGCCAACUCGCCCAGCAUCGUCGAGAACGCCAAGGUGUCCGUCACCCUCGAAUCGCUGCUGGUAUUACUUGCCGAGAGCGAGAUGCUGGACAUCACGCCCUCCCUCCGCUCUGCAGUGCAGGCCGGGAUCGUCGCACGCGCCGACAAGGCGCAGCUCGAGGUGCGCAAGAGCCACACAGAUCGCCUGCUCGAGGAUACCGAGUGGUGCUGGCUGCUUGAAAGUGGGGAGCGGCUGAACUUCUUGGUCGAUGUGGCUCUCUUGCGAAGGAGAGAAACGUUGGGAGAUCUUCCCGAACUACCUGAUGCAGAAUAA